AUGGAAUCUCCUAAAGUAAGGUUUCUAACCAAGAUAUACCAUCCAAAUAUCGACAAGCUCGGAAGGAUCUGUCUGGACACUUUAAAGGAUAAAUGGUCGCCUGCUUUACAAAUCAGGACUGUCUUAUUGUCAAUCCAAGCGCUCAUGUCUUCGCCGGAACCGGAUGACCCCCUUGAUACCACCGUGGCGGACGUCUUUAAAACCAACCCGGAGUUGGCUGUCAAAACAGGUAAGGACGAACUCUAG